CAGAAUAUUAUUAUAACAUCAUAUCGUUUUGAACUAUCAAAGUGUAUUCAUUUCGGUUUUUUCGUUUUGUGUGAAAAAAAUAUAUUAAUAAUAAUAAAUUAAUUAUGAUGUACAGAUUAAUGUUGCUUGUGGUUUUCUAUAAUGUGUUUUGCACUAUUGCGGAAGUUCAAACGAACGGCUAUCGUAUACCAAUAGUUAGACGAAAAUCACCGUUGCAGAUGUUAAUUAAAGAUCCCGAUUACACGAGGAAAUUAAAUAUUCAAAAAAAUCAUCCGACGAACGAGAAUAUUACACUAUUCAAAUAUUUGGACAGUGAAUAUUAUGCGAACAUAUUAGUGGGAAAACCAGGACAGAAAUUUUCUGUGAUUUUUGACACGACAUGGGGUGACAUGUGGAUACCGUCAAAACUAUGUUCAAAAAAAAUAUAUCCGAUUUGCAACACGAAAAACUUGUAUGAUCCUGAUAUUUCGUCGUCGCACAAGUCUAUCGAUCCAGCACCGUUUGAUGUGGAUGGAUUAGUAGGAAAUUUAACAUGCGACACAGUUGUGAUGGGUCAUUUAAAUGUAAGUGAUUUAACAUUCGCUGCAAUCAGUGAGAUACCGAGUGUUUCGCAAUAUCAAAUGAUGCACGCCGAUGGAAUAAUUGGUUUAGGAUACAAUAUCUUGGCUAGAACGACAAACCAAACAUUUUUUUAUAAGCUAUUGGAGGAUAAAAAAAUUUUGAAACCAAUUUUCUCAGUAUACAUGAACCGGGAUAAAACUACAAGUAAAGGAGGAAUAAUUUUUCUUGGUGGAAUUGAAACAAAACACAUCAAAGGUGAAAUAACAUAUGUACCUGUAUCAAUAAAAAAGUAUUGGCAAAUUGAAAUGAAACAGUUUUCAGUAAAUGUGAACAAAACAAAUUCAAAGACAUUUUGUGGUAAUCAUGGAUGCCAAGUGAUAUUGGAUACCAGCUCGAACGCAAUUGGAGUGCCUAAUGAAUACGUACUUGCCAUAAACAAUCUAAUCUCAGCUACUAAGUAUUUAUAUAACAGAUACGAGGUACCGUGUUCAAGAGUGAAUAAGUUGCCAACAAUUACUCUCAACAUAGGUUCUCGGGAUUUUCACAUUAGUGGAAGAAAUUAUAUCCAACAAAUGGAGAAUGAAAAUGGAACGGUUUGCAUAACGGCAUUUUGUGACUCAGAACUGCCAGACGGACUUUGGUCAUUAGGAGGUGGAUUUUUGUCAAGCGUUUACACCACGUUCGAUUUGGAAAAUAAUAGAGUCGGAAUAGCGGAUUUAAAAUAGAAACAAUAUAUUUUUUAAACAUCUAGAUGACAUUAACAUUAGUUACAACUAUGUAGUUACCUAUACACCGUAUUUGAAUUUUGAAUUUUAUUUUAUUUUAGCACAUUAAUAUUGAAUAUAAUAUUUACCCACCUAAUAUAUCGAUUGCAAGUUGAAGAUGUAUUUAAUUAUGCAUUUAUAAAUAAAUAGCUAAUAUAAGAUAUUAUUGUAUAAGCUCGGUGAACUUGAAAUAAACAUAAUACACAAUAAUUUGUCCCU